UGAUUUGGAUCAAAGCAAGCCAUUAUUUUAUCCAAUUCUCUCUACUUUAAAGAUUAGAAUAUUCUGCAUAACUUCUUAGGUGGAUGUUUUUUGCAGUGCGGGAGUUCUCCAGAAUCUCCCAGCACUUUACCGACACUUGCUCCGUGCCGACUCAUCGUCUGGGAAAUCGCCGUCCGGUAUAAAACCCACAGCCAGGAGGGAUUGAAGGUUUUAGCAAAGUCAGUGUACAAGAGUUUGUUGUUGGGACAGCGGGUGAGUGAUUGCGUAACGGUGAUGCGCGUAAUCCUAAAGAGAUAAAGUUUUACCUCAUAGGCAGAAGUAGCCUAGUUCUUUCUUUUUUAAAGGAAAAAGUUUUGGCUCAGGGUUGUUUGGCACAAAUAGCAGAACUUUAACUGGUUUUGUACUCAGCUGGACAUGGCAGAGGGAGACUUCUACACUAUGGGAAACCGGCAGAGGUUUCCCAGGGAUCCGUUUGGAGAAUCACCGUUCAGAGACCAGCUCGCAUCGCGGUUUAUGGACGAUGACUUUGGGAUGCCACCUUUCCCCGACGAUCUGGCAAUGGACUGGCCGGGCUGGGCUCGGCCUGGCCGGCUUAGCACGCGCCUCAGUUCCUCGCCCUUUAGCAGCAGUUUACGCACAGGUUUCCCCUCGCGUCAGUCCACGGGAGGCCCCACGCUGUACACCAGCAGGUACGGCGAGCCCUCCUCCCGGAGCUCACCCACCACCACCGGGGGGGAGCCCUGGAAAGUUUGCGUGAACGUCCACAGCUUCAAACCAGAGGAAUUAAACGUCAAAACGAGAGACGGAUUUGUAGAAGUGUCAGGAAAACAUGAAGAGAAGCAGGAAGAAGGAGGCAUAGUGACAAAGAAUUUCACAAAGAAGAUACAGAUCCCGAUAGAUGUGGACCCUCUGACCGUUUUCGCCUCCUUGUCCCCUGAGGGCGUCCUCAUCAUCGAAGCUCGGCAGACGCCUCCAUAUUACCUCUUCAGCAACGAGGGGUCCCAGGGUGGUGAAACACUGGAAGUGGAGGCCCCAAAACCCCAAGAGGCCCCUAUGGUCUAAAGCCCCACCUCCCAGCUAACAUAACAAAUCAUAUUGCACAAUUGAUUACAAGUUUGAUAUGAAAUGUGUGGCCUUCAGCUUCAUGUUAGACACCUGGGAUUAAAAUGUGCAUGGAAAAUAGGUAAGUCCUGUUUGAUGUUCUUAUUAAAGCUGCACGAGGCAAAAUUGUUAUGUAUACAAGCAGAGUAGUGAAGAGCCCCCUCUCCCUACUGACAGAGAUGCUAUAGAUUUGCCCCGUUGCCCAAAUUAAAUUCUGGUAUCCCUUCUCUCAUGUUAAACGUCAACCCAAAAUACGAAUGUCCAGAAACUUAAGAUGUUUAUUUUCACUCUUGUCCCCAUGGUGUCUUUUAUUACAAAAUGAUUACAGACCAGCUGGUUUGCUAAACAUGAACUGAUGUUCCAUUUCAUAAUUUCUUCUUAAGUUCCAGUUUGUGCAUCUAAUGUAUUACCACUACAUUUUAGUCACAGAGUUAAGCUUCCGAUUUCAUGACAAAUAAAUACCUGGCAAUAUUUGUUGUUACUGCUGUUCAGAAACCUCAGACUCUUCUGACCAUUUUAAGCAAGAUAUUAUGGUACUGAAAAUCUGAAAUAUUCACACAGCUGCAGCUUAUGUAGCCCUCAGUAUGUUAUCUUGCCUUGUGCAGCGUUAAUAUCUUAUAGGUGUAUCCUGUGGUUGAGCAAAAGCUGUUUGGCCAUACAUUAUAAGUCAUAGCAUUCUCAAUAACCAUUAAGUUGAUAUGACACUGUAUGUGAACUCAAAUUUCUAUUUGUAUUUAUAUUAACAUGCAAUUAAUUUAGUGGAACAGUCUUUGCGUCAAACGUAUUGUAUGUGAUUUAUUUGGUUUUUAAAAAAUGACAAAUGUGCCUUUAUCUACUUGAGUGCCUUGACUUCAUUCAGUUCCACAGUUGUUUAUCUUUUUAGUUAAUGAAUUUCACUUAAACUGACAAGAAAUGAAAGUAAGUUCCUUUUUAUGGCUUAAUUAGAGGGUGAAUUGUGUGCAUUAAUACUGUAUUCUACCAAAGUGUAUUGUAAAUAUACUUUAAUAUGUGCCAAUUCAUUAUAAAUAUUAAUCUGAAGUGUUCCAGGUUUGGCAGUAUGGUUUGCAUUUUUCUUUUCUAUUUGAGCAUUCAGGAAGAUGGCUGCAUGAUUGUUGGAGCGGACAGACUGACUUCUAUGCCAAACACGUUUGUUUCCUGCCUUCUUUUCUGUUGAUGUCUUUGUAUUGGCUGAUGCAAUAAAAGUGUCCAGCCAAUCUCCCA